CACUGAGCCGCCCUGCUACAGAACUGAGGAUUGUGUUGAUAGGAGGAAGAUAUGAUGACCUUUCUAGCGGUAAAAGCUCAGCUGGAAACAUCAUCCUUGGUCACAAUGUUUUUGACACCAGCAGAAGAACAACUCAGAGUGAAGCGAGGCAGCAGGAAGUACUCGGCAGACGACUCACAGUGGUUGAUACUCCAGGAUGGUGGUGGUAUUAUCCAAGAGAAGAGACCCCAGAACUGGAUCAGAUAGAAAUCCAGAAUAGUGUCCAUCUGUGUCCCCCAGGACCUCAUGUCUUUCUUCUGGUCAUUCCUGUUGGUUCACAUUUCUAUCGCCGUGUCAAACCAUCUCUAGAGGAACACCUGGAACUUUUCAAAGCAGAUGUUUUCAGUCACACCAUCGUGCUGUUCACUGCAGUCCAUCCAUGUAGUGAUGAAACCAUUGAAUCAGAAAUCAGAGGAAGUCCAGACCUGCAGUGGAUCCUUCAACAAUGUGGAAACAGAAAACAUGUUCUUAACAUCAGCAGCAGAGAAGAUAGAGAUCAAGUCAAGAUGCUUCUAGAGAAAAUUGAGGCGAUGAUUGAACAGAACAGGGGCAGACACUGUUCUAUUGAUGAAUCUGAUGGAAAUGCUCUGAGAGAGAGACUGAAAGAUUUGGUUAAAAAAGCCUCAAAAAGGUUUGAUGGAGUUCAGAAACAAAGAAGAAACCUGAAGCUACAGAUUAAAGGUAAUUCUACUUUCUUUCUUUCUAUCAGGAUAAAGUGA